GCGCACACCCCUGCCCAGCCGCCCUCGCGAGGCCGAAGCUUGAGCGGCGAAGCCGAGGCGGGAGCCGGGAGUGCGGCCGGCAUGGAGGCGCUGCUGCUGGGCGCGGGGCUGCUGCUGGGCGCCUACGUGCUAGUCUACUACAACCUGGUGAAGGCCCCGCCGUGCGGCUGCAUCGGCAGCCUGCGAGGCCGCACGGCUGUGGUCACCGGCGCCAACAGCGGCAUCGGGAAGAUGACGGCGCUGGAGCUGGCCCGCCGAGGAGCGCGCGUGGUGCUGGCCUGCCGCAGCCGGGAGCGCGGGGAGGCGGCCGCCUUCGACCUCCGCCAGGAGAGUGGGAACAAUGAGGUAAUCUUCAUGGCCUUGGAUUUGGCCAGUCUGGCCUCAGUGCGGGCCUUUGCCACUGCCUUCCUGGGCUCUGAGCCACGGCUGGACAUCCUCAUCCACAAUGCGGGGAUCAGUUCCUGUGGCCGGAGGAAGGAGACCUUUAACCUGCUGCUGCGGGUAAACCACAUUGGUCCUUUUCUGCUGACACACUUGCUGCUGCCCCACCUGAAGUCAUGUGCUCCCAGUCGUGUGGUGGUGGUGUCUUCAGCUGCCCACCAGCGUGGGCGCCUUGACUUCACUCGUCUGAACCGCCCAGUGGUGGGCUGGCGGCAGGAGCUGCGGGCAUAUGCUGACAGCAAGCUGGCCAACGUACUGUUUGCCCGGGAGCUCGCCACCCAGCUUGAGGGCUCUGGUGUUACCUGCUAUGCAGCCCACCCAGGGCCUGUGAACUCCGAGCUGUUCCUACGCCACCUUCCUGGAUGGCUGCGUCCCAUGUUGUGCCCACUGGCUUGGCUGGUGCUCCGGGCACCCCAAGGGGGUGCUCAGACACCUCUGUACUGUGCAUUGCAGGAGGGCAUUGAGCCUCUUAGUGGGAGAUAUUUUGCCAACUGUCAUGUGGAAGAGGUACCCCCAGCUGCCCGAGAUGACCCAGCUGCCCACAGGCUAUGGGAAGCCAGCAAGAAGCUGGCAGGGCUUGGGCCUGGGAAGGAUGAAGACCCUGAUGAAGAACCCCAGCCUGAGGAUUCAGGAGCCCUGUCUUCUCUGAGUACCUCCCGCCCUAAGAAACCCAGGGUUUCUGGACUUUCUCAUGCCCCUGGGGGCUUACCAGACUUGUCUAAAUUGACACAGCAAAUUCAGGUGAAGGCUGAACCUACACACCAACUUUCCUAACCCCCAGGUUGGGAUGCUUUCUUAUAGUACUGUGGGACCCUCCCGAAAACCUGAGCUGUGUGCCUGGGCACUAAGGGGUUGCCAUUUUACCUUGGUGGUCACUUUCUGGAACCUCUAAGUUGUGUCCUGGACAGCACUUUUCCUGGUGCUAGGAGAUAAUGAAUAGCUGUUACUUCCUGAGAGGCACAAUAACCCCAGGAUUCGAGGGUGGUAUGCCAGAUCUUGCAACCCUACCGGGAGUGAUUCUAACCGUUCCGGGGCAGGGCCAGGGAUUUUUCGAUUGAAGCACUGCCAAUGUUACUGAACUGAGCUCUUUGCAUCCAUCCAGCUAGGUGGUUAAUUUAUCCCCAUUCUAGGGAGGCAAGAUUAGGAAUGGACUCAGAGCAGGGACUGGAUUUUAACCCAGGGGUCUGAUCUCCGGACCCACUGCUGCAAGGUGGGUGCCGUGUGGUGAGGUAGCCCAGAGCGUUACUACUGAGGUGCCCCGAGGGCACAGGAGGAGCCUUUCAAGGUGCUUAAGGGCCAAGCCCCUCGAUACAAAGCCCCCUCUAAUAAAGCGAGUUGACUGGA